CUGCAUCUUUAAUUGUCCAUUUUUCUGAAAGAAGAAUUUGAAGUUAGACCCAUCCAUUUGGAGAAUUUCAAUCCUCUUAGAAAAAGACUGUCCACAAGAAAUUGGUGGCCCCUGUAGCUCUUAUAUGACAAUUGUGAUGGAAUUGUAUUUAUCAGAAACUUUGUUGUAGAAUAAAGAUUUUUCUGUGAAUGGUCUAUAUACCUGAUAAGAAGAUAAUGCUAGUGAUGUUGAGAUGUUAAUAUUUAGGAUAAUUAAUGGAAUUCCCAUAAAUUCAGCAUUAAGGAGCUUCCUAACUUUGAUAUUUCUUCAGGGACAAACCAAGAGUUACUUGGCAGGUCUGAAAAAAAUUCUGAUUCUCAGGCCUGUUGAAUUUAACUGGAUUCAUGGCCUGAAAUAUGAGCUUUGGGUUAAAGAUCAACGCGUGAAGGGCUGUUCGAGAGUCGAGACACUGUUUGUCUCAGUAGAUGAUUGGAAAGUUCAGUGUUACCUAUCAAAAAUACCUACAUGAUAGUCAGGUUAGGCUUCUUGGUUGCUGCUUCUGUUGCAGCCUAUGCAGUUCAGCAGGUUAAUAUCAGGAGCUCGAGGUCAUCGGCUUCUUUAACCAAACCUUCAGAAAAUGAUGAAGCUACUGCGAAUGAAGGAGAAAACAAAGAGCAGUUUACAUAUUCCGAUGAAGGCCUCAAAGAAGUGGGGGCCGAGGAAGAGGAGAAAGAAGAAGUUAAAUUAAUUAAUGGAAUAAUAAAUCCUGCCAUAAGUAAUCCAUAUGACCUUGAAGAUGAGCUUUACCCAGAAUUUGAAAAUCUUUUAUCAGGACAAAUUGACUUUCCAUUGCCUGCGGACAAAUAUGAUACCGAAGCCCAUUCCAGAGAACAGAAAAAUAAAGUUUAUGAAAGUGAGAUGGCAAAUAAUGCAAGUGAACAGGAACGACUGCGAAACCUAGUAAAAGAGUUAGAAGAUAGAGAGGUGAAGCUUGAAGAAGAAUUGCUUGAAUAUUAUGGCUUGAUGGAGCAAGAAUCAAAUAUUGCUGAAUUACAAAAGCAACUUAAAAUUAAGACAGUGGAGAUUGAGAUGCUGAACAUUACAAUAAAUUCAUUGCAAGCUGAGAGAAAAAAGCUUCAAGAGGAAGUGUCUCUAGGAGCUGCAUCUAGGAAAGAACUCGAGGUAGCGAGAAAGAAAAUAAAGGAACUGCAAAGGCAAAUUCAGCUUGAGUCAAACCAGACGAAAGGCCAGCUCAUAUUGCUUAAGCAACAAGUCAGUGGACUUCAAGCCAAGGAAGAGGAAGCCAUCGUGAAAGAUGCUGAGGUAGGGAAGAAGCUUAAAGCUCUGAAGGAGUUAGAGGUGGAGGUUAUGGAACUUAAGAGGAAGAACAAAGAGCUUCAGCAUGAAAAGAGAGAGUUAAUAGUAAAAUUAGAUACCACUGAUGCCAGAGUAAAUGCCCUUUCCAAUAUGACAGAGAGUGAAAUGGUUGCCAAAGUGAGGGAAGAGGUCAAUAACUUACGACAUGCAAAUGAGGACCUUGUUAAACAGGUGGAAGGACUUCAGAUGAAUAGAUUCACUGAAGUUGAAGAGCUAGUUUAUCUUCGCUGGGUCAAUGCAUGCUUAAGAUUCGAGCUUCGGAACUACCAAACACCUUCUGGAAAAAUAUCAGCUCGUGAUCUCAAUAAAAGUUUGAGCCCAAAAUCACAAGAGAAGGCUAAACAACUGAUGUUAGAGUACGCAGGAUCAGAACGUGGACAAGGGGACACAGAUAUUGAAAGCAACUUCUCCCAUCCAUCCUCUCCUGGAAGUGAGGAUUUUGAUAAUAUUUCUGUUGAUAGUUCCACAAGUAAAUUCAGUAGUCUCAGUAAAAAGCCUAGUUUGAUCCAAAAGCUGAAGAAAUGGGGAAGGAGUAAAGAUGAUUCAAGUGCACUUUCUUCUCCAGCAAGAUCUCUCGGGGGAGGAUCUCCCAGCAGGAGUAGCAUGAGUUAUAGACCAAGAGGUCCUCUUGAAGCCCUGAUGCUAAGAAAUGCUGGUGAUAGCAUGGCUAUCACUAGUUUUGGGAUGGGAGAACAGGAUGACCUUAAUUCCCCUGAAACUCCAAAACAACAGCCUAUUCGAGUUCAAGAUUCUUCUCCUGACCCGCUCAAUUCUGUUGCAGCCUCUUUCCACUUAAUGUCCAAAUCGGUUGGAGGAGUUCUAGAGGAGAAGUAUCCUGCAUAUAAAGAUAGGCAUAAGCUGGCUUUGGAAAGAGAAAAGCAAAUCAAGGAAAAAGCUCUACAAGCAAGAGCAGCAAGGUUUGGUGACCCUUCUAAGGCAGAUAAAGAUAAGUCGGUGACUUUGCCUCCAAAACUUACUCUAAUAAAAGAAAAACCAGUUGCAUCUGGUGACUCAGGUGACCAGUCAAAUGAUAACAAAAUUGAUUCUACUACAGUGAGCAAAAUGAAACUUGCACAAAUUGAGAAGCGACUUCCUAGGGUCCCUCGAGCACCUCCUAAACCAUCAGGAGGUGCUCCUGCUGAUAAAAAUACAAACACUUCAAGUGGAGCACCAGGUAUGCCACCUCCACCACCUCCUCCACCAGGUGCCCCACUACCAUCACCACCACCUGCUGGUGGACCUCCACUCCCACCACCUCCUCCAGGAAGUCUUUCAAGAUUGGCUGGAAGUGGUGACAAAGUUCAUCGAGCUCCUGAACUAGUUGAAUUCUACCAGACAUUGAUGAAACGCGAGGCAAAGAAGGAUACACCAUCUUUGAUUUCUUCAACAUCAAGCACCUCAGAUUCUAGAAGCAACAUGAUUGGGGAGAUAGAGAACAGAUCAUCAUUCCUCUUAGCUGUUAAAGCUGAUGUGGAGACUCAAGGUGAUUUUGUUCAGUCAUUGGCUACAGAAGUCCGGGCAGCUUCCUUUACCAACAUAGAAGAUUUGUUGGCGUUCGUGAACUGGCUAGACGAGGAACUCUCCUUCUUAGUUGAUGAACGAGCUGUCCUUAAACACUUCGAUUGGCCAGAAGGUAAAGCAGAUGCAUUAAGAGAGGCAGCGUUUGAAUACCAGGACCUGAUGAAGUUAGAAAAGCUAGUGAGCUCGUUCAUUGAUGAUCUGAAUCUUCCUUGUGAAGCUGCUUUGAAGAAGAUGUACAAGUUGCUUGAGAAGGUGGAGAAGAGUGUAUAUGCACUGUUGCGCACACGUGACAUGGCUGUUUCACGGUAUAAGGAAUUUGGCAUCCCCAUUGAUUGGUUGCUCGAUUCGGGAGUAGUUGGCAAGAUCAAGCUUUCAUCAGUACAAUUGGCAAGAAAAUACAUGAAACGUGUGGCAUUAGAGCUUGAUGCCAUGAGCGAACCAGAGAAAGAACCUAACAGAGAGUUUUUGAUUCUUCAAGGUGUCCGAUUCGCUUUCCGUGUUCAUCAGUUUGCGGGAGGCUUUGAUGCAGAAAGCAUGAAGGCUUUUGAAGAACUAAGAAGCCGAGCUCACGCAAAAACAGGAGAAGAGCAUAAAUUAGAAGAAUGAACAUUUUUCGUCUUCAAAAUAUCUAGUUUCUACACGUACAUUUCAUCGUUACUUGCGUAAAAGUGUAGAAACAAUGUAAUUUAAACUGGUAGAAUCAACAGUUCAUUGAAGGAAAAAUGCAUACUUAUACAAAGGUUGGAAUAACUAAGAGAGCUGUAAUUCAAGCUUGUACACCAUGCUGCAAAUAGGAGAAAUUGAAUCCAUUGCCCAAAUCAGACUUUUAUGAAGUUCUGUUCAAGAAUGCUUCAUUCGAGCACACAUUUCCUGCAUGCUACAGUUCAUCAGAAGAUUGGUUCUCGUGAUUUUUUAUUUGUUUCUUUUAUUUUCUUCUAGCUGUCACUAAGAUGAGUUCUAAGAAAUGUAACCUCAUCAGUCAAAACAGAAAGUAAAUUAAAAAGAUGACGUACUUGAUAAA